AUGUCUUGUGGUGUGACUCAAAAUCAGAUGAAAUGAUCUAAAUCGUGAAUCCACGACUAAUCGGUGUCUUUGCUCACAAUCGGUGGUGACAGCAAUCGGGUGUGAUGUCUGUGGAGAUCCCACGAAGUCUCAAGCAUUUGGUGCAGAAAGUGAUGCGGGGUUUCUAUCCGAUAGAGCACGUGAUUGUGGUGGAUCUGCUGCUGCGGAAGCGUUUGGUGAAGGAGGACGACAUGAUAGAGCUGCUGAAGUUUGAGAGGAAGCACUUGAGGGCAGUGUUGGCCACUCUAGAGAAGGACAAACUGACCAAAAAGAAGCUGAAGAUCGAGACGGGAGCGGACGGAAAGGCCAAUCGCCACAACUAUUACUACAUUAACUACAAAGCCUUCGUGAAUGUCGUGAAGUAUAAGUUGGAUCACAUGAGGAAGAAGUUGGAGUUGGAGGAGAGGGACCUCACCUCCAGAGCCUCGUUCGUCUGCGACGACUGCCACAAGACCUUCACUGACCUCGAAGUGGACCAACUCUUGGAUGUGAUGACCGGCGAAAUGAGGUGUUCCUUCUGCGGAGGGGAUGUCAAGGAAGACCCGAAUCAUAUGCCUAAAGCAGACUCGAGACUACUUGUGGCCAAAUUCAACCAAAUAAUGGAACCGCUUUGGCUUCUACUCAAAGAUGUCGAGGAUAUUCGUCUGUCGUCUGAUUUACUCGAACCGGAGAUUCAGGUGACGGCAGACUCGGGGCCACAAUCUCAGGCCAACGCCGGCAACCAUUCGUCCGGAAGGCAGUGGACGGACAAGAAUAGAGCCAUUAAUAGUGAAUACGAGAACUCGGUUCUCAACGACCAGAAGAACUAUACGAUAAAAAUCGAGGACUCGAGCGGUGAUGGUGUGGACGGCGGGGCCGGCGAUCGGGAGAUGAUUGUCGUGAAGAAAGAGCAGCCGUCGUGGAUGUUGGAGAGCACUGUCUCUAACAUCAAUCACACCAUUAAUAGCAAUCAUAUGAACGAUGGCUCCACUCCACAGAACUCGUCCUCCAAACCCAACAAUAAAUAUAUGACUAAAACUAAUUCGCUUUUCAACUCCAGUUUCGAUAACAACGAGCCGUCGAAAGAGAUUUUGGAGACACUUCUGAUUCAUGAGAAACAGUUGGAGAACUCGUCUAAUGCUGUGUCUCUUCUGUUGAGCGAAACGACUAAUCAUUUGUCGAAUAACUAUAACAAUGAUAACAACGAUGACGUGAUUAUGAGUGAUGAAGAGGAGGAUGAGGUGGACGGACAGCAACCGAUGGUUAUUGUCGGUCAUCAGUCCAUACCAUUGAGUGAAGUGAACGAUGAGAUCAUAGCGCAGAUGAGCGAAGAAGAGAAGGAAGAAUACAUACGACUCUCGCAACAAGUUUACGCCCAUAUGUACGACAUUUAGACACAAUUUAUAUAUAAUUUAUUGUAAAUCAGUUAACAUUUUUUCAUUCAAAUUUCAUAAUCAAUUGUUUGCCUUCAAAGUGAACGUAUCUCUUGUUAAUAAUUGCAAUUAAAGAUUAUUAUUAUAUA